ACCCAUCUGAUCUCAUUAAUAAAACAGACCCGCAAUUGUUGUAAAUAAACAGAUAACUCUCCAAAACACAUCUCUUGCAGAAUUAUAAGAAAAAAAGAAAUUAGUUAAAUGGGGGAAAGACUUGAGGUGUUUGGUUUUUGGCCAAGUCCGUUUAGUUUGAGAGUGGAAUUGGCUCUCAAACUCAAAGGCAUCCAAUACCAAUACAUUGAGGAAGAUGUAUUAAACAAAAAGAGCGAUUUGUUGGUGAAAUACAACCCAAUUUACAAGAAGGUUCCUGUUCUUGUUCACCAUGGAAAACCCAUUUCGGAGUCUCUUGUAAUUCUUGAAUACAUUGAAGAAACAUGGGAACACGAUCCCAUCUUUCCCCAAGAUUGCCAUGAAAAAGCUCUUGCUAGGUUUUGGGCUGCCUAUAUCGAUGGAAAGGUAGUGUCUACUUUAGGAAAAAUUCGCGGAAGCAAAGGAGAAGAGAUGGAGAAAGCUGUAGAAGAAGUAAAGGAGGCAUUGGAACCACUUGAGAAAGAGCUUAAAAGCAACAAAUUUUUUGGGGGAGAAAAAAUUGGGUUUUUGGACAUUGUAGGCAUUCUCAUAGCCUUUUGGAUUCCUGCCAGUGAAGAAGCUUUAGGGAUUGAACUGUUAACAUCCCACAAAUUUCCAAACCUAAUACAAUGGAUUGAAGAACUUGCCAACAACAAUGUGGUGAAGGAGCUUAUCCCUAAAAAGGAUGACCUUGUUGCCCAUUAUUUUAAAACUAUUUUAGGGAAAAACUAGCUAAGAGAGAUCAUUUCAAGUUAUAUAUUUUGUUUUAUUUUAAGUGAACUACCUCUAAUUUUUGAGGUUAAUAGUAAAAUAAUUUCUUCAACAAUGGGAAUACGAAAAAAGAUGAUUGUGAUUU